UACAAGCAGACGAUUCGUGAUAGUGCGAUUUACUAUUUUGUUUAUUAACGCUUUUUUUCAUUCUGCCAACUAAAAAUCUCGUGACGAAAUUAGUUCAUGUAGCAUAUUUAACACCUUUUUUCCAGAUACUAAAAUGGCAGACCAAGUUGUAGUUGAAGAACUGGAUGAGGAGGCAGAAGAAGAUGAAUCAUUUUUUCAAGACAUAGAUCUCCUCCAGAACCAUGGAAUUAAUGUUGCAGAUAUAAAGAAGUUGAAACAAGCUGGAAUUUGUACAGUUAAGGGAAUUCACAUGACAACAAGAAGGAAAAUGUGUACAAUUAAAGGAAUUUCAGAAGCCAAGAUGGAGAAAAUUAAAGAGGCUGCUGCAAAGAUUUGUGAAUCGGGUUUUCUCACAGCUUUAGAAUAUUCAGAGAAAAGAAAGGAGUGCUUUAGGAUAAGUACAGGGAGUCAAGAAUUAGACAAACUUCUUGGAGGAGGGGUAGAAAGCAUGGCAAUCACAGAAGCAUUUGGAGAGUUUAGGACUGGAAAAACUCAAAUUUCUCACACACUUUGUGGUGAACACCAGUAUGAACUACUAGACUUCGUAGCAGCCAAGUUCCAUGAGGAACCAGGAGUUUUUAAAUUAUUGAUAGUGGACUCUGUGAUGGCUCUCUUUAGAGUCGACUUUAGUGGAAGAGGUGAACUUGCAGACAGGCAACAAAAACUUGCGCAGCUUCUGUCACGACUGCAAAAAAUUUCAGAAGAAUACAAUGUUGCUGUAUUUAUUACCAACCAAAUGACGUCAGAUCCAGGUGCUACAAUGAGUUUCCAAGCAGAUCCCAAGAAGCCAAUAGGUGGUAAUAUAUUGGCUCAUGCCUCAACAACAAGGAUAAGCCUUCGUAAGGGAAGAGCAGAACUGCGAAUAGCCAAAAUAUAUGACAGUCCUGAUCUUCCAGAAAAUGAGGCCACAUAUGCAAUCACUGCCGGGGGUAUUGCUGAUGCCAAGGAGUAAACAUGUUUUUAUUUUAAUGUUGUAUUUUCAAGUAUUGAAAAGCUGGAUCUUUUUCAUAACAUACAGUGUUUAAGAAAAGAAAAAAAAUCCUCUUAAGUUUAAAGUGAUGUUAUUGAUACUUUUUCAAUUUCCACAUCAAUCCAUAAGAAAAUGUUUGCAUGUUGCUGCAAAUGUAUUCACAAAUGUAAAUGUUAUGAUAGUAUUUACACAGGAUAGUUGCAUUUUACUUGGUGUAAGUU